GAUUCAAAGCCAGAGGUCUGAGGGAACGUUGACUAAUUAUUUUGUAUGCUAGUGUCAACGAAAUAUGUGUAUGAUGAAGAAUCCACCGAGCCAUAACUACUGAUAACACGUUGUUGCAUACUUCUGGCAGUGUCAGUGUCAAUUUUAUCUUUCAUCGUGGCGCGACUGUGUUAACGAACAUCAACUACAAAAAAACCAAAGCUUUUCGGUAGCAGAACUGUAAAAGUGUCAAAUUGAAAGAAAUGAGGGAUGAGCCCAUUGCCCUGUGAAUUCAGCUGGUAGACCUGAUGCAUCUUCAACUGAGGAAUGCUUCUUGCCCAUGAUAGAAGAUGAACUGACAGGAGGUUUCUAAAAGAAGUCUCAGCUUGCCUUCUUGUGUAUAUGAUGGCUGACUCUGCCAGACAUUCCAGUGUGGAUGAGGAUGAUGUAUAUGAUAUUCCCCCAAGCAGGCAGAGUUUUGCUUUUCCAGAUGAGAGAAAACUGGAAAUUCCACCCUCACUCCCUCCAAAGAAGCAUCCUAACAGAUCUUCCAUUCAGGAUGCACUAGGGCUAUCUAGGGCUGCCCAAGAGCCCCGCCCGACACCUAAGCCAAGAGGAGCAGCCAGUCCCAAAGGGACAAUAGCAGCUGUUGAGAUGAGGUCUCCCACAUCUCUAGAUGGUAUAUUACAGGCAGAUACCAGCGAAAGGCCCAAACCUCGCCCCCGUCCAAGGACUCGGUCAUCAAAAUGCAUAAACAAGCUGGACAACUUUCCACCUAAUGCUGAUGAAAUUGAAGCAAUGAUCAAUGAGCAGGUAAAGCAAGAAAUGGAGACAUUUGAGUCAGAAUAUUCUUCGCCUAAUCCAAGACAUUCAGGAGGUACAGGUGAAGCUUUAGUCACAAAUAGCACAUCUAGUCUUUCUACUACUGUCGAGGGCAGGAGCUAUGAAACUGAAAACAUUUACUGUAACCAGGAUGCUUAUGUUAGUCCAACUGAACCUGAAUCAGAAGAUGAGAGUAUGUAUGUAAAUACCAGUUUAUUAACAAUUUCUGAAACCAGUCAACCAUCAGUCCAUGCAUCUAGCACAGUGAACAGUAGUGCAUUUGAUGGUGACUUUGGAAAUACUUUUAGAUUCUCAAAAAUUGUGGAAGAAGAGUAUGCCACACCAUCAAAUAUUGAAGCUAUGACUGAAACCUCAGUAGAAUGUUCAUUGCCUCAAAGUACAAAAUCUUCUAUUGAGCCAGUUCAUGAAGCAAACUUUGAAGCAGCAUUUGGUAGUUUAGAAUUGAGCAAGGAUGGCUAUGCAAGAGUAAAUAAACAGGACAGAUCCUAUCAAGAUGGAUAUGAAAGAGAGUUUGAUCCUUUUGUUGUGUCCAAACCUCAUACAAAUGAUCUGGAACUAAGCUUUCUUCAACCCACUAAAGUUUGGGAAACUUCAAAAGAAUCCAAGCUAAAUAUUAGCAAACCUCAAGUUUCUGAAAUGGGACAAAGCUCUAAGAUAGUUGAAGAGGAGAGUUUGAGUGAAGAAGAAUAUGAAGCAGUUUGGGUAUCAAGUAAAUGCCAAUCCAAGCAUCAGGGACUGAUUCGACCAAAGUCAGACUUCAUGGUCUUCUCACCCAAGCAGCAAGAUGUACCAGUUGUACAGCCCCACUGUGGUCAGCAGCUUGGAGAAUAUGUUGAACUUGAUCCUACUUACAACAUUCCACCACCAGCUCGCACUCCACCACCAUUGCCUGAAGCAGGUGUUGUUUUAAAUAAGCCUCCAUCUGUUCCACCUCGACCUCAGCCUAAAAAUUCUGCUCCCAUUUCCCAUGUAACUUUCAAUGAUACCUCACAUGUGCUAGAAUCAUCCACUGACAACAAAGAAGAACCAUCAUCUGCUGUAUUUAAAAACUUGGAGACACCUGGCAUCAGCUUUUUCCCUGAUGAUCCAUUUAAGUAUUCUAGGUUUCUGAAGGAAUGUCAGGAAUUUAAUGCUCCUUCUACAGUAGAGACACCACAGGGAAGGAACACUGGAGCUUGGCCAGGUGAUCAAGGUGGAUGCCAAGGGCCUUCAGAUUUCACUGCAUCAUUUCCAGACAUAGUGACAGACAAUAAAGUCACUAUGGAGGGUGUGAAAGAAUCAGAUACUUACUGUGAAAUUCCAGCUACUGCAGGACUGAAUGCAAAGUCGGAUUUAAAUUUUCGGUUGAGCUCUAUCCCUCCUCCUCCACCUAGAACCAGGCCAAUACCAUUGCCAGCUCCACGUGUAGAGUCACCACCUUCACAGUCGGGCAUCUAUUCUGUUGCCCUUGAUCUUGAAACAGAAGCCAGGGAAAACAUACCCAGCGAUGACAGCAGUGACAGUUCUGAGGAUCAGUUCACCUCUCCCUAUACAGACUUCAAUCAAGGGGAUAGAUAUUCAGCAGCUCAGACAAGUGUUGUUGCCAUCAUUCCAGCUUUCUCAAUCACAUUGCAGGACUCCUUAGAGUUUAGGUCAGAAAUGAUGCAAAGGAAGCAAGAGCGAUAUGGAUACCUUCACAAGCAAGGAGGUGUCAGAGCUAACAAGGGCUGGAAAUUGCGAUGGGUUGUGUUUAAUGGUAAAGAUCUGCGCUACUAUGACAGCAACAAGAGUCUGAUAUCGAAAAAAAUAAUUCCACUGUCGUCAAUGGAAUCAGUGAAAAGUGAUAUUCAAAGGGGAGACACCACAAGGUUCAAGUUCCACUUGGUCACAUCUCUUCGAAGCAGAAUCUUUGUUUUUGCUGCUGAUACAAAAGAUGACUGUUGCCAGUGGGCCAACACUUUGAUGGCUGCCAUCAUAGCGAAUAAGUCUUGCAGACAAGAGGAGAAACGGAAGCCUGACAAAGAGGGGUUUGUGAAAUUUGAAAACAACAAUAAAAAGUACUAUGUAGCAAUCACAGGAGACAUGUUCUGUUACUACGACUCAUUUCAGGAUUUUGAACUGAACAGUCCAGUUCAUGAGAUUGAAAUGAAGUUAUCAUCAGUCAAAGAGAAGAAGAAGAACAAACUCCAGCUUUCUACGCACUAUUCUUAUUUUAUGCUAGCAUUUGAAAGUCCCCAGGAUGCACAAAGCUGGAGAAUGGCAAUUGAAGAUGCUAUUGCUGAAGGACUUGCUGAUGACAGUGUACUGGAAAAAGUGUAUGAAAAUGAGAGUAAUCAAAUCUGUGCUGACUGCAAUGAUGAUCAUCCACACUGGGCAUCCAUCAAUCUAGGUAUUGUUCUGUGCAAGAAAUGUGCAGGCAUUCAUCGAAUGUUUGAUUCUUCACUAUCGAAGAUCCGAUCUCUUAGGAUGGACACAAGAGUAUGGACACCAAGUUUGAUAGAAUUGAUGAAGGCUGUUGGAAAUAGUCAUGCCAACCAGCUCUUAGAACAUAAGCUUCAGCCUGGCCAGAAACCAACCAAAGAUUCAUUGCCAGAAGAGAGAAGAAAGUUUGCAGUGUCCAAAUAUCAGCAUCGAUCUUUUUGCAACAAACAUCCAUUGUCCAGUGAUAAAAGGAGAUUAAAUGAGGCACUGUUACAAGUGGCCAGUACCAGUAACUUGAUGGAAGCCGUGCAGAUCAUUUUCUCAGGAGCAGAUAUAACCUACACACGUGGAGGAGAAAGGGAAAAUGCUUACAACAUAGCCAAACAACAUGGUCAGCGACUAUUAAUGGAAUUUCUGUAUCAGAAUGGUGGAGAUCGUCUUCCAGGUGAGGAAGAAGCUGCCAAUGAAGAGGGGCGGCUGAGAGAAGAUGUGCGAUUGCAAGGCUUCCUUUUGAAAACGGGACCAGUGGGCAGAACCUUUGAUACAAGAUGGUGUGUACUGGAACAUGGAGCACUGACGUAUUACUUAAAUGACAAGAGCACUACAGCAAAGGACUCUAUAGACAGAAAGAACAUUUUGUGUCUCCAAGAAGUGGUCUCAGAUAGAACAGAGAGUGUUUUUGAAAUCAGCACUACCAAGGGAAACAACCGCAUCUACCUGUUUGCAGCAGAAAAUCCAUCGGAGAGAGGCAUUUGGAUGAGAGCUAUCAGCAAGCUCAUUGCACCAGUUGCCAUCAUGGAGCAUGUUGGCAUGAUGGAUUUCAGUCUUGCCUCUCUGGUCUUCAUGAGAGAAUCCGUAUCAGAGGACUGGCAGCCAACAUGGGUCAUGCUCAGCUGGCGCCUUCUGUACUUCUUGAACAAGGACUUGAAGCUGGACAAUGUAGACCUGAGAAAGGCCAGUCAUAUAAAGAUGCAGGACCCUCAGAGUGGCAGCUGCCCCCUAUGCCCUGAAAAGGCUGGUUGUCUAGUGCUGGGCAAUCCAGGAAAGACUCUGUAUAUCCAGGCUCAUCUUUCUAGAGAUACUAAUCGCAUCUUUGAUGCUGUGUCUGCUGCAAUAAAGCUGAGUGGAAUGUCUCUGCUGGAGCAACAGCUGACUCCUGACAACAUUCCUGUAAUCGUUGACAAAUGUCUGAACCAGAUCUAUGGCAGAGGACAGUAUGAGGAGGGAGUCUACAGAAAGAGUGCUACACAGUCGCGGGUCAUUCAGCUGUUGGACGACCUUAGAAAAGAUGCAAGAGGAGUACGACUAGAUGACAGUGACAUCCAUGAAAUUGCCAGUUGCCUUAAGCGAUUUCUUCGUGAGCUUGAAGAUUCACUUUUUACACGCCAGCUUUACAACGAGUGGAUCCAUACUUCUCAAAUAACAGACCACCAAAAUAAGUUCCUCUGGUACCGCUACUUGUUAGAAAAACUGCCUUUAGUCAACUACAGCACAUUGAAGUGCAUUGUUACCCACAUAUGGAAAAUGUCAUUAAUGGAGGCUGCCAACAAGAUGUCUGUUGAGGCGCUGGUGACUUGCUUUGCUCCAACACUCAUGCGAACUGAACAUGAUGUGGGAGCCAAUAACCCAGCCAAUGAGAUUACUGUUCUCCUUGACAUUGUCUCCCAGCGUGACUACCUCUUCCAGAUAGCACAACAUGAACGGGAUCAGGAAGCUACAAUACAGGCAUAUGCACAGCGCAUUAUAGAAGCACAGCAGGUGUCUCGAAAUUCCCAACCAUCAGGGCAGUUGCUGAUGGCUAUAUCUAUGUAUACGUACAAUGGGGAAUGUGAAAUGGUCAAUACUACUCCAGGCACAUCUGCCAAAGAUGUAGUGGACUACAUUAUUAGAAAGCGCAAUCUGGCAAAUUCCUUUGUCCUGAAUGAAAUUCUAUUCAAAGGGGCCCUUGUGCGUCCCUUAUUUCCAAAAGAUAACAUCUUGAUGACUACUGGACGUUGGGGAGACUGGGAUGAGUCUGUACGGACGGGAGAGAAUGUAUGUCUUUGUCUCACGAACACAGAACUGUUGGAGAAACUUCAUGAUCAUCUUGACACCUCUCGAGCACUGUUUGGUGAACUUAAAUAUGCUGACUCUAGGUCAAAGAAAAAGUUUAAGAAGACCACUACAGAGUUCAAACAGUGCAUGCUUACCUUUUACAAAGACUCUAAGGCUAAAAGCCCACUGUGUUCUUGGAAGAUAGAAGACCUAACCAUUUACAUGGGUGUCAACGCCAGCCGUGAACCCCCAACUAGGUUUGGAUUCACUUUCCUUGUGAACAGCCGAGAAGAUAAGGGAAAGAACCAUCACUUUGGUCAUUGUGUGUGCUUGGAUACAGAAGAAGAGAUGUGCAGAUGGGUUGCUGCCCUCCUCCUUGCACAGAAUCCGGAAGGAUUGUUGGCUUGGAAUAGAUGAGCACAGAAUGAAGUGCUUUUAUCUCUGAAUUAUUCCAGAAUAAUAUUGGUAUGUGUGAACUAUACUUAGAAAAUGUAAAGAUUUGCAUGACCAAACAGAUUCAUGGAAUAAGAUUGUCAGUGCAAUUAGAAGUGAACAAUUUAACUAAACAAAGCUACAUUAUUCUCUGCAUAAUUGAUUUCUAUGUUAGUGAAGGUAAAUGACCACAAAUGGCUAAUGCAAACCAUGUGCUGGCACCAGUAUAGAGACAAAAUCAGAACGACUAGACAGAAGAGUCUUAGUCUAUAAGCAUUGGUAUAAGCCUGAUAUCAGGCCUCUACUGGGUGACCUUUUAACAAGGCCUGUUGCUGUCUAGGCAGCUGAGGGUGUUUACUCUUGUAGGUCAAGCUGUUUUGUGGUAACUAACAGAAUCCCUAAAAUCAGACUUAGUUUCGUCUCAAUUACAGAGAAUAAUUAGUCACAUAGUUUUCUAAGAUCAUUCUAAGAUCAUUUCAAGAUCUUAUCAAACCUGCUGCUCUUCCGAACUUUGAGUUGGUAUCCUGAAGUCUGAUUUACUGAGAUGUGUAAGUUUUUAAUGUUCUGAAGGUAAUACAUUUUUACAAAAGCAGAGACAGUUCAGUACAUCUUGUUAUGUGUUUGUGAAAGAGGAUUUAUUUGGCUGCAGUGCAGCAUCAUGGUGCAUUGAACGACAGUGUCAUGAGGACACACAUGGAUGCCAGUUACACUGAAAACAGACUUUUUACCAGUGUUUCACAGAAAGUAUUAUAUUUGAAAAAAAAGUAUUGAAGAAUUGUUUACAGAUGUUUUUGCAGUUUAUAGAUUAACAUUUUUGACACUUUAUGAAAUGUGAUUCAUUUCUCUGCUUAUAGUGAAGUAGAAUAUCAUGUUUCUUUGGAACUUGUUUUAAACUUCUGUGUCUGUGAUGAAGCAGUUUACAGUCAUAGCAACAUUCUGGCUGUGUUUACUUAAGCCACCUGUUGACCUCUACCACUUCAAGUUUUCAUUUCAUUGAUCUUUAUAAUAAUAAACUGGUAUUUUAUUAUUUUCCUUCUUAUUACAUUUUGCCACAAAGAAGAAACAU